UCCCUCAACCUUGAGUCCUGGAACCAGUGUCGCUCUCUAGACUUGGGCUUGCUGGGGAGAGUGGGGUCUGGGGAGACCAGAUUCAGUCUGGUCUCAUAGGUCCCAAGACCCACUGCCCUCAGGUCACCCUUCAGGGAGAGCAGAUAGUGGCCCUGGCGGGGGUUCUUCCCCUUCCUGUGAGGCCACCCCUCUAGGACUCGUGACCAGGAACACAGGGCCUGGGUUGUAGCACACCCUGUGCAUCUGUCUGUCCAGCACACGCUGAGGACAUUAUAAGCUGUCUGCACUGCUGGGGAUCAUGGGAGGCAGCGCCAGGACCCCGACCCUCACUGUUCUUCUCUGCCUCGGGCUGUGUUGGGGCCUGUGGGACCAGGCACAGAUGGGGACCCUCCCCAAACCCUCCAUCUGGGCUGAUCCCAGCCCCAUGGUCACCAAGAGGAGCCGUGUGACCAUCUGGUGUCAGGCGUCUCUGCAGGCUGACGACUACUAUCUGUAUAAAGACAGGCUCAUUGUGUCCUUGGAGACCUUGGACACCUCACGGGAUUCCAGCAACAAGGCCGGCUUCUCCAUUACAUCCAUGAGCUCACACAAUGUAGGGAAAUACCAGUGUUUAUAUCAGAUUGGGGAGAUCUUGUCACAGCCGAGUGACCUCCUGCCUCUGGUGAUGACAGGACAGCAUGAGGCACCCUCCCUCUCAGCCAACCCAGGCCCUGUGGUGGCCUUGGGAGGGAACGUGUCCCUCUCCUGUAGCUCAUCAUGGCCACGGGGGUCAUACCGUCUGCUGAAGGAGCGGGAGGCUGAUGCACCCCAACACCUGGAGUGGAUGUUCCGUCGUGAGAGGGGGCAGGGGAUCUUCCAUGUGGGCCCUGUGAACACCUCCCAUGCGGGGACCUACAGAUGCUACGUUUCUCCCCAGUCGUACCCGGAUUCGUGGUCACAUCCCAGUGACCCUCUGCACCUUCAGGUCACAGGUGUCUACAAGGCGCCCUCCCUCUCAGCCAUGCCAGGCUCCCUGGCGCUGUCUGGAGACAAUCUGACCCUUCAGUGUCACUCAGAGACCGGGUUUGACAGAUUCGCUCUGACCAAGGACGAGAAACUCAGAGCUCCCCAGCAUCUAGAAGGGCAACCCAGCCCCAACUUCCUCUUGGGCCCUGUGAGCCACACCCACGGGGGCCAGUAUCGAUGCUACUGUGGACACAAGCUCUCCUCCACCUGGUCGGCCCCCAGUGCCCCUCUGGGCGUCCUGAUCACAGGAAUUUAUGAGAAACCAUCCCUCUCGGCCCGGCCAGGGACUUCAGUAAAGAACGUGACCCUGCAGUGUCGCUCUGAGAUCUGGUUUGACACCUUCCACCUCUCCAAGGAGGGGUCUCUCGCUCCUCCCCAGGUCCUUCAUCUGCAGGACAGAGCAAUACCUUAUCAGGUCAACUUCACCCUGAGUCCCGUGACCUCAGACCUCGAGGGGACCUACCAGUGCUACAGCUCAAACAGCAACUCCUCCUACCUGUUGUCACAGCCCAGUGACCCCCUGGAGCUCCUGGUCUCAGUGUCAAACAGCCAAGAUUACACCAUGGAGAAUCUUAUCCGGUUGGGGAUCUCUGCCUUGAUCCUGAUGGUUCUCGGGGUGCUGCUCUUUCAAGCUCGGCACCGUCAGGGAAGACCCCAAGAUGCAGCCGGGACAUCCACGUGAGAGUGAGAAGACGGACAGUGAAGUAGAACUUUGAAAACGGAAUGAAUGAUACCAAGAGUUUCUGGAAGAAUAUCUGUGCAUAAGUUGGGGAAACAUUCUACUGAGAAUAUUCUGGGUGUUAACACGGCUUGGGUACAGGAAAAUGUCUGGGUCGGUGCUAUGGCACCUCUUCGGCAAUUAAAUUGUGGUAAUUUCUCUGUGA